AUGAAAGUACUAACUCUCCUGAGCGUUGCCCUCUUUGCAGGUGCAGCCUUCUCGGCACCCCAGUCUUCUCGUAUCGUGGGUGGAACUCAGACUUCUAUUGAGAAGUUCCCCUCUAUCGUCGGUGUUGAAUUUUUCGGCAUCAUUACUAGGACCUGGUCUCAGUCUUGUGCUGCCAAUAUUUUGACCACGAGAUAUGUUUUGUCUGCUGCACACUGUUUCCGUGGCCUCUUAUACAGGCCAAGCUACCGCCGUAUCAGGGCUGGAACUUCCUACCGUAACACUGGUGGUAUUGUGUCUUACGUGGAGACAGAAUUUAACCACCCCAGCUACGGCUUGAACGGUGCUGAUGGCGACAUCUCAGUAAUUCGUCUGAUCACUCCCUUAGUAUACAGCCCCGUUGUGCAACAAGCAACUAUUGUCGCCCAAGGAUACAAGAUCCCUGACAACUUGCCUGUUGUCCACGCUGGAUGGGGUAGGAUCGAAUAUGGAGGUGCUUUGUCUCCCGUACUCUUGGAGACCACUAUCUUCACCAUCAACAAUGAGCUGUGUGCUGCCCGCUACCUGACUCUGCCCAGACCAGGAAUUGUUACUGAGAACAUGAUCUGCGCUGGUAUUCUUGACGUCGGUGGCAAGGACGCCUGUCAGGGUGACUCUGGUGGUCCUCUUUACUUCUCAGAUAUCCUCGUCGGUGUUGUAUCUUGGGGUCAUGAAUGUGCUAACGCCACUUAUCCGGGAGUCAGCACUGCCGUGAGCUCCUACACUGAUUGGAUCGCGGCUGCUGUCAGCUAA